AUGGCCUCGACAGACCGCACGGCCAAGAUCCGCAUCGUCUGCCUCCACGGCUUCAGCUGCAACAGCGCCAUCUACCGGUUCCAGACGGCCCGGCUACGCAAGCGCUGGGCGGAGCACCUGCGCCAACACCCACUAGUAGCAGCAACAUCCUCCUCCUCCCCAUCGAGUACCUCCUCCUCCUCUCGAGCCGCGAGCCCCGGCCUCGACGAUCCCUGGCAACGCAACAACACUCAAUACUACUACGACAGCGACGAGGAGAGCAGCAGCGCCGCCACCACCACCAGUUCGUCCUCCUCAGUCGAUCUCGCGGCAUCAAUCAGCAGUCGAAGCAGCAUCAGUUUCAGCAGCGACUAUCCUCCUCCGCCAAGCUACAGCAGCAGCGGGUCCACCAACGGCGGCAACAGCGGCAGCGGCGUCGUCGUGUACAACGACGUCGAGUUCAUCUUCCUCGAGUCGCCACGCGAGGUCUCGACCCCGGAGCAGCCGCUAGCAGAGGUGGCCUCGCUCUUUCCCGGACCGUACCGGACGUGGUUCGAGCCAAGCACAACAACAUCGAAAGAAGCACGGAGAACAUCAUCAGCCAAGCCGGACGACGGACGCCGCGCGCGCCGGCGCGACCCGGCCGUCGAGCGGUGGGUGGUGGAGCAGGUCAAGCGCGCGGGCGGCGUGCACGGGGUGCUGGCGUUCAGCGACGGCGCGGCGCUGACAGCAGCACUAACGCUCAAGGCCGAGGCGGGCGUCGCGGCGUGCCCGAAGCUGUGGGACUUUGUCGUGCUGGCGUGCGGUGUCGACCCGUAUCCGGAUCCUUGGCUGCAUGGCAUUAACAGUGGUAGUAGUGCGGAUGGGGAUGAGGAGGAGGCGAAGGAGGAGGAAGAGGCGAAGUGUUUGGCACGGUUGAAGACGCCCGGUCUGCAUAUCGUUGGGUUGCGAGAUGAGGUCUACAGAGAUCGUAGCGAGGCGUUGUGGGGUCUCGUGCAUCCGCAGGCGGCGGCUGCUGCUGCUGACCGCGACGAGAAGGGAAUGAAUGCUGCUUCGGGCAUGGCGGCCGAGGUCUAUCGGUUCGAUGAUGGCCACAAGGUGCCCGUUCAGGACACUGACUUGGACGCCAUACUAAGCGCGUGGCGGAGAGUCGUGGUGCGCUCAGGCCUUUUCAGAGAUGCGAGUCCUGAUGAGGUGGUGGCCGCAUCACGUGUCCUAGCGGUGUAG